AAAACCCUUUACACCUUCUCUUCCAGAUUCUCAAACCGCUUUUUCAUACCUUUAAUCUUCUUACACAACACACAAGGAUUCUGCAAUCAAUCCACACGUAUUUUCUGCAUUACACUCAACCAAAGCAUCAAUCAAUGGGUGUAGAAUCUGAAUUUGAAGCAAUCGAUAACAACCAAAACGUGUUGCAAAAACACGUUGAGUUCUUCGACCGCAACAACGAUGGUGUGAUUUACCCCUGGGAAACGUUUCAAGGGUUUAGAGCAAUUGGGAGUGGAAUUUUGUUAUCUUCGGUUGCUGCAAUCUUCAUAAAUGUUGGGCUUAGCGGCAAAACUCGUCCUCAGGGAAAGAAGUGUCCUAAUCUACUUUUCCCAAUCAUCAUUGAAAACAUAAAAAUGGCGAAACAUGGAAGUGACUCUGGUGUCUAUGAUGAACAUGGAAGGUUUGUUAAUUCCAAGUUUGAGGAGAUAUUCCACAAAUACGCACGUACACAUCCGGAUGCCUUGACAUCAGACGAAUUGAAUGAGUUCCUCAAAGGAAACCGGGAACCCAAAGAUUAUGGAGGAUGGAUUGGUGGUCUUUCAGAAUGGAAGAUAUUGUAUUACCUGGCUAAGGACAAAGACGGGUUAUUGAAAAAGGACACCAUUAGAUCUGUUUACGAUGGAAGCUUAUUCGAAAAAAUGGCAGCUGAAAAGAUUAAUAAGAAAAAGCACAGUGAAAAAUAAAGAGAAGCAGGGAUGUAAGUGUUGUGUGACUGUUGUUUCACCUUGUGGUAAAAAAAAAACAAGAGAAAAGUUAGGUUAGAUGUGUGCAAUUGGUUUGUGUAUGUAUAUUAUGUAUAUGGUUUGUUUGACUUGUAUUCUUUAAAUUUAUAACCUUUUAUAUAAGUUAUUUCAUUUCUACA